AGGGCUUCUGCGAGCGGCUCCGUGUCCUCCUCGCGGCUCCCGGUGUCGUCGCGAGCUAAUGGUAGCAACGGGAUCGUGCACUCAAGAUCUAGUCCACGACCCUUUGCUCCAUACAGGAACGGAGUCAAACCCUUCGAUGAGAGGAAGGGCCUUGAAACUGCCGAGGAAAGAGUACUUUCAAUGGCGCAGAACCACAACGGCUUGUCCGCAGAGGUGGACAGGAUGAAUGAGCAACUGCUGGAGGUUGGAGGGCACCAAACACCAGACGAGCGCGAGGAGCUCAUGAGCAAGGUUGGGAGCCUUCUCACGGAGGUGGACUCUCAACUCAGUUCUGGCAAGCAGAUCCAGCAGGGCAGGGAUCGGGCCAGGAAGGCUGCAGAAGCUGCUUUGCAGGCCACGCAGGCGAAUCAGGUGGAUGUGCCCACGCGAGGCUCCGAGUCGGAUCUCGCGAACCUGCGACUUCAAGAGGAAGUUCAGAGGCUCACGGAGGAGAAUGCGGAGUUGAAGCGGGCGGCCCAGGCCUCGGCCUCCGCGUUGGCGGAGCUGCGCCGGGAGCGGGACACUCUGCGGGACGCCGCCCAGGGCUCCCCCUCCGAUACCUCUCAAAGCCACCUGGAUGCCGCGGGCGCGCAGAUGGAGCUCGCCAGCCUCCGUCAAGAGCGCGACCAGCUGCAGAAUGCGCAGCAGGACUCAGAGGACACAAUCAAAAGGCUGCAGCACACCAUCGACAAGCUUCACCAAGAGUCCCAUGAUCACAAGACGAUGGCACAGGAGGAGCUCCGACAGCUCCAGAAGCAGAACGAGGACCUGCGCCAGGAGCGCGACAGGCUUCGUGACAGCGCGCAGGCCUCCCCGAACAGCUCCUCCGAGAGCCGACUGCGUGCGGUCAUGACCAGCGGCACUGCCACCGUGGAGGAGCUCCGCCACGCCAUUGCCUCCGUGGAGGCGGUGCUGGACGAGGCGAAGCGGGAGAUGGAGCGCAAGCAGCUCCGUGAGAGGCGCGCGGCCUACGAGCAGCUGCACCAUGCCCUCGACAAGGCUGACGAAGAAUUGCUGGAGGUUGCCAUUGAAGCGGCCAAAGCUGCAGAUGUGGACGAUGAGGACAUUCUGAAGGCACAGAACAAGCUCCUGGAAUUGCAGAUGAUGAGCCCUGAGGAACGAGCAGCUCGGGCGAAGCGGCAACUCGAGACGCAGCAGAAGAAGGAUGCCUUCCAAAUGGUGAAGAAGGAUGAUGCGGAGGGGCUCGCAAAGCUCUUGGACGGCCUUGAUGGAGGCACUAGCUGGCAGGACUGGCGGGACUACGCGGGCCGCACGCUGGUGCGCUGUGCCGGGGACCUGCGGGCGCCCAACGCGCAGGUGGUGCUGGCGGAGCGCACCAAGAAGUCGCCGCCCUUGACCAAGCCGCCCUUCAUGCGACAGCAGACUCCGCCACAGGAGGAGCGAGAGCAGUUGCUCCCAUCGACACCUCCUGGUGCUGUGUCAACGAUGACUGAGGCUAGCCGUCCUCGGCGACAUUCUAUGCCCGAGCCGAGUCCGAGAGAGGAGUCUCGUGGGCCCCCGGUACUUGUGAAGGCUGCAGACUUCGCUUUCGACGACGAGGAUGACGACCAGAAGCCCGAGAUAUCUGAGGAGGAGGCUGAGAAGCUGAAAGCGCAGGCAUUGCGGGCGGUUGUACAGGACGACUGCAUCUCUUUGGCAGAAGUGCUGAAGUCGGUGCGGCGGACAGUCUGGUCCAGGUGGGAGAACAAAGCGGGGAAGGAUUUGCUGACACUUUCCCAGGAGCGCGGCUCCUCCAGCGUGUAUUCCUUGCUGGCAAAGUGCCUGGGCAUGGUCAAAGAGGUGAAGCGAGAGUUCUAUGAGGAGCGGCAGACUGUUUGGGUCUUCGUGAACGGAGACGUCCAGCCGCGGCGCGCGACAGUGUUGGAGGACACGCCUGAAGAAUGCGAUGACGUGCUUUUGGAGUUUUGGGAUGGCGACGACCCCCCGGCACGGUUUGAGCGCUGUCUCGUGCGGGCGAUGUGGAGCUGACCCAAAUCUGGUCGUCAACAUGUCAAGGGUGCGGUGGAGCAGGUGCGGUUGUCUCCUGACGUCCAUCCCGUUUUUCCCGAGUUUCUGGAGUCAAAGCUCCAGGGCAACUGGACUGAAGGGUCCGGAGCUGGAAGCAUCACUUCGCAUCACUUCGC